UCACCACCACCACCGUCACCACCAGCACCGUCACCACCGUCACCACCAGCCCCACCACCGUCACCACCAGCACCACCGUCACCACCAGCACCACCGUCACCAGCACCAGCACCACCACCGUCACCACCAGCACCAGCACCACCACCGUCACCACCACCACCGUCAUCACCAGCACCACCGUCACCACCAGCACCACCGUCACCACCAGCACCACCGUCACCACCGUCACCACCAGCACCGUCACCACCAGCACCAGCACCACCACCGUCACCACCAGCACCACCAGCACCACCGUCACCAAAAGCACCACCGUCACCACCAGCCCCACCAGCCCCACCAGCACCGUCACCACCAGCACCAGCACCGUCACCACCAGCACCGUCACCACCAGCACCACCGUCACCACCAGCACCACCGUCACCAUCAGCACCACCAGCCCCACCGUCACCACCAGCACCACCACCGUCACCACCAGCACCACCACCGUCACCACCAGCACCACUAGCACCGUCACCACCAGCACCGUCACCACCAGCACCACCGUCACCACCAGCCCCACCAGCACCAGCACCACCAGCACCACCACCAGCACCACCAGCACCACCAGCACCACCGUCACCACCAGCACCACCGUCACCACCUUCACCACCGUCACCACCAGCACCACCAGCACCACCACCGUCACCACCAGCACCACCACCGUCACAACCAGCACCAGCACCAUCACCACCGUCACCACCAGCACCACCGUCACCACCAUCACCACCAGCACCACCGUCACAACCGUCACCAGCACCAGCCCCACCAGCACCGUCACCACCAGAACCAGCACCGUCACCACCAGCACCAGUACCACCGUCACCACCAGCACCACCGUCACCACCAGCACCACCGUCACCACCAGCACCACCAGCACCACCAGCACCACCGUCACCACCAGCACCACCAGCACCGUCACCACCAGCACCACCGUCACCACCGUCACCACCAGCACCACCGUCACCAGCACCACCACCGUCACCACCAGCACCACCGUCACCACCAGCACCACCGUCACAACCGUCACCAGCACCAGCACCACCGUCACCACCAGCACCACCGUCACCAUCAGCACCACCAGCACCACCAGCACCACCAGCACCACCACCGUCACCACCAGCACCACCGUCACCACCACCACCGUCACCACCAGCACCACCAGCACCACCGUCACCACCAGCACCACCACCGUCACCGCCGUCACCACCAGCACCACCACCGUCACAACCAGCACCACCACCAUCACCACCAUCACCACCAGCACCACCGUCACAACCGUCACCAGCACCAGCCCCACUAGCACCGUCACCACCAGAACCAGCACCGUCACCACCAGCACCACCACUGUCACCACCAGCACCACCGUCACCACCAGCACCACCGUCACCACCAGCACCACCACCGUCACCACCAGCACCACCGUCACCACCAGCACCACCGUCACAACCGUCACCAGCACCAGCACCACCGUCACCACCAGCACCACCGUCACCAUCAGCACCACCGUCACCACCAGCACCACCGUCACAACCAGCACCACCACCGUCACCACCAGCACCACCGUCACCACCAGCACCAGCACCACCAGCACCAGCACCACCGUCACCACCACCACCGUCACCACCAGCACCAGCACCACCACCGUCACCACCAGCACCACCGUCACCACCAGCACCACCGUCACCAGCACCAGCACCACCGUCACCACCAGCACCACCGUCACCAUCAGCACCACCGUCACCACCAGCACCACCGUCACAACCAGCACCACCAGGACCACCACCGUCACCACCAGCACCACCGUCACCACCAGCACCAGCACCACCACCACCAGCACCACCACCGUCACUGUCACCACCAGCACCACCAGCACCGUCACCACCAGCACCACCGUCACCACCAGCACCAGCACCACCACCGUCACCACCAGCACCACCGUCAGCACCACCACCGUCACCACCAGCACCACCGUCACCACCAGCACCAGCACCACCAGCACCAGCACCACCGUCACCACCACCACCGUCACCACCAGCACCAGCACCACCACCGUCACCACCAGCACCACCGUCACCACCAGCACCACCGUCACCAGCACCAGCACCACCGUCACCACCAGCACCACCGUCACCAUCAGCACCACCGUCACCACCAGCACCACCGUCACAACCAGCACCACCAGAACCACCACCGUCACCACCAGCACCACCGUCACCACCAGCACCAGCACCACCACCACCAGCACCACCACCGUCACCACCAGCACCACCAGCACCGUCACCACCAGCACCACCGUCACCACCAGCACCAGCACCA